CCAUCAGACCAAUUGCAGGGUGAAGGGGGAGGGAGCUCGCCGCACUGAUCUCUGUUUGCAGCAUCCCAAGAGCAGCCUCUGUUGUGUGAAAUACAAGAAAGGGCAAGACGGAGAGAGCUGAUCCUGGGAGGUAAUCGAAGAACUGGAAGCGUAUCUCCUGGGGGCUGCCAGGAUAGGGUUACUUUGGUAUGUGGAGGCCAUCUUCAGAGAAAAUGGCUGUUUUGUCUGGGUAAACAGCCUGAGCAAUACCUGCAUUGCUAAAGGGGGAAGCAGAAGAGAAGGAGGAGGAGGAGGAGGGGCAGAGACUGGAGCAAAUGCUGCCUCUUCCAAUGAAAUUUUCCUGUCUCUAGCUAAGCCCCAGCCUGCCACAGUUCACCUCUGAACAUGCAUGUUGUAUGUUAAGGUUUUAUUCUCCAGAUCUGAUGGCCAAACCACCACCAAUGCUUCGGCAGACCCCAGACCAGCAGGAAGACUCCUGUGUUUACAAUGAAACACGCUAGAGACUGAGCCACCCGCCAACAUCCCCACAGAGAUUAAAAAUACAUCCUUCAGUUAAGACAGUUACACCCGACCACCAUGGCUGUAGAUGAAGCAAAGACAACUGCAGGUUUUCUCUCCACAACUGCCACAACCACCACGGUCCCCUUCCUCUCCACGAGCCCCGGCGCCAGAGACAAUGUCACCUCCAGAACAUUAAUGACUGUUACAAUAACAACAAAUGAGACCAGCUUCAAUGCCACGGCCUUUCCAGAGGUGGUGAUUGAGGGCUCGGGGAUGGGAAUGCUGCUGGUACCCUUUGGCAUCAUCACUGUCAUUGGCUUAGCAGUGGCAAUAAUGCUGUAUAUCCGGAAAAGGAAGAGAUUGGAGAAAUUGAGACACCAGCUCAUGCCCAUGUACAACUUUGACCCGGCUGAAGAACAAGAUGACCUGCUGGAACAGGAACUACUGGAUCACGGCCGGGAAGGCAGCCUGGCAGGUCCUAAUGCCAAGACUCUCACAACUUCCCAGGGGACGACACAGAGGCCCAGUCGUCUGGUCUUCACAGAUGUAGCCAAAGCUCUCAACGCUUAACAGCUCUCUUCCAUUAGCUGGGUUCGGUUUGCAGGGGCUGCUUGCCUCAUCAGGACACAGAAUGUCGCUCAGGAUGGACAAUAAAGGGAAACUGGACUGUUUAGGAGAGCAGCUGGAGCUUUGAUGAAUGUUUUUCAUCACAGCACAUGAAAUGGCAGCAGUUUUCAUAUUAUGAGGGGGAAAAACAACAAAAGCAAAGGGUGCAUGUAUGAUAAGGGAAGCAUCACAUAUGAUCUUGCACUGUUACCUUUGGGCACACGAAUUCAAUGUGAUGCACUUUUUUUAAAAUCAUGUUGUGUCAUUGCUGUCAAAAUGUUCGGUAGCUUGUCAGCGAAGUUCCUCUGGGCUUCAAUAUCUACUUCCAUGUUUCAUAAGAGAAGAGUGUAAAUUUGUGUUCUAGUGACUUUGUGGUUUUACAUCUCUGACAAGCCUGAACGCUGGAUGUGUUGCCAUCCUGAAGUGAAUUGUUCCUCUCCAUUUUGUUUCUUCUUUAUUGAGCAACGAAGGAUCGUUUCUGUCUGUAUACAUUAAAACUAUUUAAACCA